AUGGAUUUCCUCCGGCUACAUCUCCCUGGGCUGCAUCAGGCCUUGAGAGGGGCACUGGACUCUCUCAAUACCUUUGUUUCCUACCUUAUAGGAGAUGAAGUCCCCACUGUAGAGAGGAAGGAGGCAUGUGCAGCUGAGGAACUGAGGGAGGUGGCUGCAGGAAGGCCCCUGGGGAAGGUGGAAGAGGAAGCCCAGGAGGCCCUGGAGGGUCUUGGAGGCAGUCAAAGCACGGAGGAUGGAGGGCUGAGACAGCCUGGAGAGACUGGAAGAUGCUGGGAGGAAAGCUCAGCUACAGAACAUACCUCAGGUGGGGGAGAAGGCAGCUCCCGUGGGUCUCAAGCUGAGAGGCAGGACACUGGGGACUGGGAGGCAGCCAUAGCCAUCAGAUGCCAGGAUUCAGGUAUCCCCUUGGAGGCCAGAAAGAAGUCGGAGGCUGGUCACGAUAGGAGGGGCCAAGCUCUGGAGAGCCAGGAGCAUGAUGAGCAGGAAGUGAAGAGAGAGGAGACACUGAGAACAUGGGAACGGGAGGAGGAAGAGGUCAGGGCAACAGAGCCAGGGGUGGCGGGAGGGGUGGAGUCAGAGCGGGCCUGGCACAAGGAGCCUGAGGGGAAGGCCGGUGCCGAUGGGCACAAGGUGGCAGGGGAUGGCAAGGAGUCAGAGCAGGUGGUCAGCGAGGCAGCGGCAGAGGAGAUCCAGGGCCCUGGGGCCAAAGGGGCUGGCAGGGAAGAAGGGGUGGUGGUGGUCAGGUGUGGCCGAAGCCCAAGGGCACUGGGGACGCAGGAGCCGGGGGCAGAAUCUGAGGAUGGGGAAGCCUCAGGCAGGGAGGAGGCUGACCUCCCAGGAGUCGAGGAGGCAGAAUAUGGAGCAGCCCCAGAAAAAAGGAUCCCAGAGGGUACUGGUAGAGUCUGGGCCCUAGAGGAGACCUCCAAGAGAGGCCAGGAGGAGGAGGUGGACGAGAAUAGAGAGACUGAAGCGAGCCUGUUCCCUGAACAGACUCAGGUCCUGGGAACCUGGAGAGUGGAAGCGGAGGCCAAAGGCCAGGCAGCAGGAAGGGAGACUGAGGAAGGGCCGAGGUCAGUGGGGGGGGUAAGGGAGGGCUUUGAGGGCCAGGCAGAUGGGGCUGAGGAAGAGGCCGUGGGGAGGCAGGGCUCAGAGGUCAAGGCUGGUCAAGCCAGUCUCAAGGAGGUGGUACAAACAGAGGAGGCUGAGGAGCAGAAGAAGGAGAGUUGCUCGGCCGCAGAGGCUGAGCUGCCCCAGGCCAAAGUAGCUAAUGAGGCUAAAGGGGAUGCUGACUUGGAGGCAACCCCAGAGGCCAGGCCCCAGCAGUUCAAUGGGGGGAGGGGGGAGGAAGAGACUCAGACAGAGGAUGAAGCAUUGGAGGAGGAGCGGGGUGGCCUUGCGCACACGGUCACUGGAGGCCAAGAACCUGAGCUGAUGGGAGGCCCCCAGACCACAACAGAGCAACUUGAAGAAGGGCCGGUGGGUAAAGAAGAGCUCCAGAGCCUUCUAGCCCUGAGCAGAGAGGAGACAGAGAGGAGCCUGCAGGAACAUCCCAGGCACGUGGGGCAUGUGAAGCCUAUCAGCUCUGUGACCGAAGCCUGGGAAAAUAUAAGAAAGGAUGUGGAGAGAGAUGAUGCCCAGGAGGAAAAAGGAGAUGCUGAAGAGGGGGAGGAGGAGGCUACAAGAGGCCAGGCAUUGGUGGUGGAGGCUGCAGGAGGCCGAGAGUUGGCACGACCAGCAAUCCCAGAAGCAGGUGGGGAGUGGAUGGAAGCCUGGCAUGGAGCAGAGGAGGCGGAGGCCCCGGGAGCAGAGAACCAGGAGCAGGGCAGAAGGCACGGGGCAGAAGCAGGGACCAGCCAGUUCCUGGGAGAGUUGGACAUCAGAGAAACCCAGGAGGAGGAGGUAGAGGCCCCUGGGCCCUUCGGGGAGGACAGACCCUCAGGGAAAGGCUGGAGGCUGGAGGCGGAGGCUUUGAGCCCCCAGAGCAGCGAGAGCCCGGAGGCAGAUUCUUUGGCUGUUGAGAUGGUGGAGGAUAAGGCAGCUUUGGAUGGAGGGGCCCUUGGGCCUGGAGAAGAGCCCGAAAGAGAGGCUGGGGAUGCCUUUGGGAGAGGCUGGGAUUCGGAAGGGAGAGAGGAAGCUCACAGAGGUGAGCUGGUGGAGGCUGCAGAGGGAGAGAAGGGAAGGGGGCAGGAGUUUGGCCUGGAGGGCUCAGCCGAGGAGGAGGUGCCUAGCCAAGGUAGCCAAGCAGAGGCUCCUGAGGCUACCCUGGAGGGUGAGCUAGAGGGAGAGGUGACGGGGCUGGGGGAAUCAGCAGGGGCAGAAGGAAUCUGUGAGGUGGAUGACUUUCCCUCGGGCUCACAGGCGCUGAGGGCAGAGGACCUCCCAGGAGGGCAGGGACUGUGGGAAGGAGAGGCUGGGGGAUGGCGAGCAAGGGAGCAGGGGCAGAGCGGUGAGGGGCAGCGUGGGAACCAGCACCCCGAGGAGGGAAAAGCACAAAGGCCCCUUGACGUGGAGGAUGCCGGGGUGACCGGAGGCCAAAAGGCAGAGGCCGCGGAGACUGAUCCAGACGGCCUGGAGGAUGUCCAAGGCCUGGAGGAUGUCCAAGCCCUGGAAGACCAGUCGACCAAUGAGGGCCCUGCGGAGGCUGAACCGGGACCACGAGGGGAGGCUGACGGGAGCGCUGGACAGGAUGCUGAUGGCAAGUGGGGUGAGGCCCUGCUCCCGGGGUCCCGCCUGGACGUCUCUGUCUCGAGGAGCCGGGUAUUCCUGUCCCGCAGCUCCUCGCAGCGCCGCUCCCGGCCCUCUUUCCGUCGGACCCCGGGCCCUGAGCCACCCGAGGAGCCUCCCAGCCCCCCACCUGAGGAGGAGCCAUCAGCCCCAGAGCGGAGAAUCCAGCCAGAGCAGCCGCCGGAGCCAAGGCCCGCCAGGCCUGAAGGGACUCCACUGCCGGCCAGGAGAAGUCCCUUGGGACAGGGGUUUGGCCUGGCACACCCAGGCAUGAUGCAGGAACUGCGAGCCCGGCUGGGCCAGCCAAAGCCCCAGUGA